CCCGCCAGGCUCCAGAGCCCCUCCCAAUUUUCCUUCAUUGCCCAAUCAUGAUUAAGCAGCGGUUAACGCCUCAGCAGCGGUGGAUUCAAACGGAAGAUGAAAGAUGGCAGCGGAGAAAGAAUCCGAUGUAAAUAAACGAGACAGAAGGGGCACAGUGUGCAAUGUUGUAAUCAGUCAAGAGUCAGAAAUUGGCGGCGGUGGUGACGGCCGGCCGCCCAUCAUCUUCAACCCAGACUUCUUUGUGGAGAAAAUGCGUCAUGAGCGACCGGAGGCCUUCACCGAGCUGGUGCUGAGUAACAUCACACGGAUCAUCGACCUCCCGGGGGCCGAAUUCUCACAAUUACUGGGCGAUGAGGAACCCAAGACUCCCAACAGCACUGUGGCGGGAGGCUUUUUUCGCUCUUUCAACUUCCUUAAACGCAAAGACAAAGGCAUUGUGUUUGGCAUGCCCCUCACGGAGGAAGGAAUAGCCCAGAUCUAUCAACUCAUCGUGUACCUCAGCAAAAAUCUGCAUGUAGAAGGUCUUUUUCGGGUUCCUGGGAACAGCCUGAGACAGCAGAUGUUGAGAGAGCAGCUCAAUGGGGAAGCUGAUAUUGACUUCGCCUCCGGUGACUUCCAUCCCAAUGACGUUGCCACCCUCCUCAAAAGCUUUCUGGGAGAGCUGCCCGAGCCCCUGCUGACGCAGCGCCACCUACACGCUCACUUGAAAAUCACAGAACUGACCACGUUUGAUGAUCAAGGCAAUAAGACGAGUUUGCCAGAUAAGGAGCGUCAGAUCGAGGCUCUGCAGCUGCUGCUGCUGCUGCUGCCCACCGCUAACCGAACCCUGCUCAAGCUGCUGCUGGACCUGCUCUAUCACACCGCCAAACAACAGGACAAAAACAAGAUGUCCGCACACAAUCUCGCACUCAUGUUUGCCCCCCACGUCAUCUGGCCCAAGAACAUGAAUGCCAGUGACCUUCAGGAGAACCUUAAGAAACUAAACAGCGGCAUGGCUUUUCUCAUCAAACAUUCACAGAAGAUCUUUCGGGCACCAGCGUAUCUGCGGGAGCACGCCAGACUUCAGUUCGCCAACACCAAAAUUAUUCACUCCAAGGAUGACCUAGAGCUGUUGACAGUCAGCAGUUCACCUCUCAUGGCGGCAUGUAAGAGGAGCGGAGCACAAGUGGGGUUAGACUCGGAGAAUCACACAGAAGAGGCACUCAGAGAGCUCUAUCGACACGUCACCGAUAACAUGCCAAACUCCGCCAAGAAGAAAAAACUCAUCAGACAGCUUGGCAAGCAGUCGACCCCUGUGACUCCUGUCAAUGAGAAUACGACUCCUACUAGUAAAAAACACGCUCGCUCACGCUCCUUUGGUGGUCUUAUCAAGAGGAAGGUUUUGGGGAACCAGCCUGCCGCAGACAGGAGAGGGCGGUACGUGUCUCCUCAGGGGAAGGAAAACAUCAGCAGCGAGCCGGUGAGCUGAACCGGGGCAUGAUGAUGAGCACCAGCACUGGGUUCAGUGCACCCUGUCUUUGUCUGUAGUGAAUUCAGCCUGAACAGAAGACUUCAUCCUGAACAACCAGAGGAGAUAGAAGUUUUAUUUUAAUUAUUUUAUUUAUAUUUUUAUAUUCUGUAUUGUUUUAACAUACUAAAUGUUGGGACUAAUUUUCAUUUAAUGUGACUUUCUUUUUCUUUCUUUUUUUAAUUUACUGCAGAGUUUUAAACUGUUACAUCAGGUGUGCAUGGGUAAACCACUAGUCAGUUACACUGGGCAUUUUUAACUGACCCGUGAUAACAAUUACUCUCUGAGCUCAUUUAUAUUUGCAGUGUGUAUAUGUGUAAAUAUAUUUGCCUGUGUGGAAAUGUGUGCUGAUAUCUGGGCCAUAAUCGCACAAUUUUUGCUGUAAUCAUUAAGAGAACUAUUGACAACAUUUACUCACAAAAAUGCGUUACUGUUAUUUAUAACUGGUAUAUGUUUACAUAUAUCGAUAUUGUCUUAAUAACACUGUGAACAUUCGAAAUAUGAUAUUUUGUGACUAGAACAGGACAAAUGUGAUUUUAUUUUAAACCUAUUCUGGUGCAAAUCAUCAGCUGAUUAAAGUUUCCAUGCAAUUUGACCCUAAGUCAAGGAUGUUAAAUGUAUUUUGUAUAAAAAUGUAUUGUGAUGUAUUAUUUUGUGAUUUUCAUAAUUCAUACAGUGAGAAGUGCACAAAGCAGCCAUGUUUCUUAAUGAAAUGCUGUAAUGUUUUAUUCCAAGGGUUUUGGUGCGUGUCAAAGGUCUUUGUGAUGUGUUUCGAAGGUUUGCGUAUGUUACGAGUGUGGAAUUAUGGGAAGGAUAGUAGUUGGGACUUUGAUUUGAUCAGCUGGUAUGUGCCGUGUGCAAGUUUGCACUUGGAUCAGUGGGAAUUAAAGGAUGUUGUGAAAGGAAUUACUGUUAAUGCUGGUUUGGCUUUGAUCCUGAACGUCUCCUGUCAUGUCUUACUCCUCAAAGCAGAGUGCUGUGAUGUCACUUCCUUUUAUUGUCCGUCAUUUAUAUUCUUUCAGAUGUGCUUAUAGACACAGUCCAAAUGUUCAUUCCCUCGACUACAGAGUCAUACAUUGUAACUGCUGAAUUUCUGUCAUUUUUAUUAGUAAUUAACAUUUUAUUAUUCAAAUGUGGCUUUCCUAAAUCUAUAUUAAGCCUAAAAUGUUGCAAAAGGGGAGUUUAACGGGGAUAGUUCACCCAAAAAUGAAAAUUCUAUAAUCAUUUACUCACCCUCAAGUUGUUCUAAUCCUGUAUGAGUUUCCUGAACAAAAAAAACAAGAUAUUUUGAAGAAUGUUGGUAACCAAAGUUGAUGGGCCCCAUUGACUUUUAUAGUAUGAAAAAAAAAAAGAAACCAAAAAAAUCAACUGUUUGGUUACCAAACAUUCUUCAAAAUAUACAGGUUUGGAACAACUUGAGGGUGAGUAGAUGACAGAAUUUUCAUUUUUAGGUGAACUAACCCUUUACAUUUUUUAGAAUAACACCAGUAAAUAAGCAAAACAAGCCUUUUUACAUGGUACAAAAGCUUUGUCAAGCUUAAUAGGCGUGCUGAUGAUGGUCGUUUACAAAUGUAGAAAUUGGAACAGCUUUUCACAAUAAGAAGCAGUUCUUAACAUGUUUUUAGAAGCGCUAGAUGUCUCAUUUUUUUAUUUUAUUUUUAUUUUAGUUUUUUUUAUAAGUUAUGGGUGCUACAAAUGUGUAAUUUGCAUUGUGUAAUUGUUAAGUGGAAUGAUUUUUUGUGUGUGUAAUCCUACAAGAUGUGGAAGUUAGGCGGUUUUUGGCAUCUACUGGAAAACUUGAUGUAACACAGAUAUUCAUUGAUUUGGCAUAAACCACAUUUUUUUACACAUUCAAAUUAAAAGGUUUAUUUUCCUUUUUGACUAAUGUUACAGUAGUUAAAACUGGAAGUUUUUUUUAACUAUCGAUCUCAUUUGAAACAUUUGUAUUUUGUACAUAUUCGGCUUUAAUAAUGGGUGCUUCUGUAUAUUUUAAUAUUUUUUAUUAAAACUUUUACGAAGUU